AUCUGGUCGUGCUCUUCAGCAUCCAGUCGACGUUAAUUCACACGGCCAUCCCAAAUUUCCCAUUUUCUGGACGCCGGUGAAUACUCCAAUUCUACGAGGUAGUUGCAAUUCGGAAGCCGACUGAAGGAUAAUUGACAAAUUUUGAAGAUCUUAUGAGAAAAGAAGAAGCCCUAAAUUUCUUUUCUUUCUGCUUCUAAUCAGAUCCGUAGCUCCCUUGAUUCACAACUUCAAAGAGGGUAAAAUGCUACGUUUGAAGGCAUUUCGGCCUACGAAUGACAAGAUCGUGAAGAUCCAAUUGCACCCUACUCAUCCGUGGCUUGUCACGGCUGAUGCAUCGGAUCAUGUCUCAGUUUGGAACUGGGAACACCGCCAGGUGAUAUAUGAGUUGAAAGCUGGGGGUGUUGAUGAACGGCGUUUGGUUGGUGCCAAGUUGGAGAAGCUUGCAGAGGGUGAAUCAGAGUCUAAAGGGAAACCAACAGAAGCCUUACGUGGGGGGAGUGUACGACAGGUUUCCUUUUAUGAUGAUGACGUACGAUUCUGGCAACUUUGGCGUAAUCGCUCUGCUGCUGCUGAACCACCAUCAGCAGUCAAUCAGUUGACUUCAGCUUUUAAUUCUCCUGCUGCAUCAACAAAAGGAAGACAUUUUCUUGUCAUCUGUUGUGAAAACAAGGCCAUUUUUUUGGACUUAGUAACAAUGCGUGGUCGAGAUGUGCCCAAGCAAGAUCUGGACAAUCGUUCACUUAUAUGUAUGGAGUUUCUCUCUAACUCUGGUGGUGGAGAUGGCCCUCUUGUUGCUUUUGGUUCAUCAGAUGGUGUGAUUAGAGUCCUUUCAAUGAUAACGUGGAAGCUUGUAAGAAGGUACACGGGAGGCCAUAAGGGAUCGAUAGCUUGCUUGAUGACCUUCAUGGCUUCUUCAGGAGAGGCUCUACUGGUCUCUGGUGGUAGUGAUGGUGCACUUGUACUUUGGAGUGCAGAUCAUGGUCAAGAUUCACGAGAACUCGUGCCUAAGCUGAGUUUCAAGGCACAUGAUGGUGGUGUUGUCGCUGUUGAGUUAUCUAGAGUUAGUGGAAGUGCACCUCAGCUCAUAACAAUAGGUGCAGAUAAGACUUUAGCCAUCUGGGAUACAAUGUCAUUCAAGGAAUUACGCCGUAUUAAGCCUGUUCCUAAAAUGGCUUGUCACAGUGUGGCAUCUUGGUGCCAUCCUCGAGCACCCAACCUUGAUAUAUUAACUUGUGUGAAGGAUUCACAUAUAUGGGCUAUUGAGCACCCCACUUAUUCUGCUCUAACAAGGCCAUUAUGUGAACUUUCUUCUCUAGUUCCUCCACAAGUACUUGCACCUCACAAAAAGCUUAGGGUAUAUUCAAUGGUUGCACAUCCCUUACAACCACAUAUUGUUGCCACCGGAACAAAUAUAGGUGUCAUACUCAGUGAAUUCGAUCCUAGAUCUCUUCCUGCUGUUGCUCCUCUACCAUCACCACCAGAAAGCCGUGAACAUGCAGCAGUAUAUGUAGUUGAACGGGAACUUAAGAUGCUGCAAUUUCAAUUAUCUAACACAGCAAAUCCUUCUCUUGGAAGUAACGGAUCCUUGACUGAAACAGGAAAAUUAAGGGGAGACCCUUCUGAACAAUUCAAUGUUAAACAGAUGAAAAAGCAUAUUAGCACUCCUGUUCCACAUGAUUCAUAUUCCAUCCUAUCCGUGAGCAGUUCAGGAAAGUACCUUUCAAUUGUGUGGCCUGAUAUCCCGUACUUCUCAGUCUACAAGGUCAGUGAUUGGGCAAUUGUCGAUUCAGGCACUGCAAGGCUUCUGGUUUGGGAUACUUGUCGAGACAGAUUUGCGCUGUUAGAAUCAGCAGUGCCUCCUAGGAUGCCUAUAUUACCUAAAGGGGGUUCAUCAAGAAAAGCAAAGGAGGCUGCUGCUAUUGCUGCAGCACAAGCAGCUGCAGCAGCUGCUUCUGCUGCAAGUGUUCAAGUUCGUAUCUUGCUGGAUGAUGGGACAUCCAACAUCUUAAUGAGGUCGAUUGGUGAACGCAAUGAACCAGUUAUUGGAUUGCAUGGAGGGACACUACUUGGUAUAGCAUACCGAACUUCAAGAAGGGUUAGCCCUGUCGCUGCCACAUCUAUUUCAUCAAUCCAGUCAAUGCCGUUAUCAGGCUUUGGAAGUAGUGCUCUUUCAUCAUUCAGCACCAUCGAUGAUGGCUAUUCUUCUCAAAGAAAUCCUGCUGAAGCAGCACCUCAGAACUUUCAGUUAUACAGCUUUCAACCUGUGGGAGGAAUGCUGCCUCAGCCAGAAUGGACAGCCUGGGACCAAACUGUCGAGUAUUGUGCUUUUGCAUAUCAGCAAUACAUUGCCAUAUCUUCCUUGCGACCUCAGUAUAGAUACUUGGGAGAUGUGGCAAUACCUCAUGCCACUGGUGCAGUUUGGCAUCGGAGGCAGCUGUUUGUGGCCACACCAACAACAAUUGAGUGUGUUUUUGUGGAUGCUGGUGUUGCACCUAUCGAUGUCGAAACAAAACGGAGGAAAGAAGAGAUGAAACUGAAGGAGGCACAGGCAAGAGCGGUUGUGGAGCAUGGAGAGCUAGCACUAAUUGCAGUUGAUAGUCCACAAACUGCUGCACAGGAGAGGAUAACACUGAGACCACCAAUGCUACAGGUGGUGCGGUUAGCAUCUUUCCAGCAUCCAUCGUCUAUUCCUCCUUUCUUGACAUUGCCUAAACAAACUAGAGUUGAUGCUGAUGAGGGGUUGCAAAAGUUUGCUGAGGGUAAAAGAGUGGAUGAGAUAGCUGUUGGUGGUGGAGGGGUGGCAGUUGCAGUCACUCGUUUUCCGUCAGAGCAAAAGAGACCUAUUGGACCUCUAGUUCUUGUGGGCGUGAGAGAUGGUGUUUUAUGGCUCAUUGACAGGUACAUGUUUGCUCAUGCAAUAUCCCUCAGCCACCCUGGAAUUCGUUGCCGUUGUCUUGCUGCCUAUGGGGAUGCUGUUAGUGCAGUAAAAUGGGCAAGUAGACUUGGGAGAGAGCACCAUGAUGAUUUAGCUCAAUUUUUGCUUGGGAUGGGUUAUGCUACUGAAGCCCUUCAUUUACCUGGAAUAUCUAAGAGGUUGGAAUUUGAUUUGGCUAUGAAGAGCAAUGAUCUGAAGAGAGCUCUGCAGUGUCUUCUGACAAUGAGCAACAGUAGGAAUAUAGGGCAAGAUGCUGUGGGACUUAACUUAAAUGACAUAAUGUCUUUAUCUACUACUGCUAAUGCUAAAAAGGAAGACAUUGUGGAUGCUGUUGAUGGUGUAGUAAAAUUUGCCCAAGAAUUUUUGGAAAUUAUUGAUGCAGCAGAUGCUACUGGACAAGCUGAAGUUGCUAGGGAAGCUCUUAAGAGGUUAGCUGCUGCUGGUGCAGUCAAGGGAGCUUUACAAGGUCAUGAAUUACGAGGACUCGCUUUACGCCUUGCCAAUCAUGGAGAGUUGACACGACUUGGUGGAUUGGUGAAUAAUCUGAUAUCCGUGGGCUUUGGGCGGGAGGCUGCAUUCGCCGCUGCAGUUUUGGGAGAUAAUGCUCUUAUGGAGAAAUCAUGGCAGGAUACUGGGAUGCUAGCUGAAGCGGUGCUUCAUGCCCAUGCACACGGGCGGACAACCCUCAGGACUUUAGUUCAGUCGUGGAACAAAACAUUACAAAAGGAGAUGGAGCAUGGUCCUUCAACAAAAACGGAUGCUGCAAGUGCAUUUCUGGCUUCUCUCGAGGAACCUAAACUCACAAGUCUAGCUGACGCAGCCAAAAAGCCACCAAUCGAAAUCCUUCCCCCUGGAAUGCCAUCUAUAGAUGCUCCUCUUCCUGGAAUUCAGAAAAAAACUAUUCCAGCUUCUCUGCAGCAACCAGCCAAACCUUUGCAAAUACAAGGACCAACUUCCGCUGUUGCUACUGCUACUGCUGAACAAUCUCCUUCAGAAUCUGGGGUGGCACCAGCAACUGCCGCUGCAGAAUCUGGGGCGGCACCAGCAACUGCCGCUGCAGAAUCUGGGGCGGCACCACCUACAGCAGAAUCUGCGGUGGUACCACCUGCAGCAGAAUCUGGGGCUCCACCACCUGCAGCAGAAUCUGGGGCUCCACCAUCAACGGAGUCAGGAGCUCAACCUACACAAGAUAUGGGGGCUGAAACUACCCCAGAUUCAGGGGCGAUGCCAAGAAUGGAAUCAGUGGGUCUGCCUGAAUCACGAUCUGGUGUUCCUACAACAGAAUCAGGUGAAUCGAAUGCCAAUGCGUCGGUUGAGUCUGAACAUAUUGGCUCUGGUGUAGCUUCAGAAAAUCAAACUUCCAACUCAUCCUCGACUAACCUUCCGGAUCGGGUUGCAUCUGUAAAUUCUUCUUCAAGUAGUACAGAGGCAGUUUCUCAGAAAGCAGAAGUUCCAAGGCCAAGUGGUGUCCGUGAAGAACUACCAAUGAUCGAUUGGACUUUAUAGAAGUCGGGAUUUUUGUUUUCUUUAUGUUGAGAGUUGUAACAUCGACCCACCGAGGUUUGUUUAGUUCAUUACUACAACAUCCAUACUCCAUUUGUUACAUUAUUGUGAUUGCUUUAGAUGGUGAAUACCUACCCCGUGAUUGUAAUACUAAGAAUUGCACAUCUUUGCUUGUUUGGUCCUCAUGAUUGAUAGGAGGAUUUUAUGAUCAACUUUAGUAUAUGUGCUUCCUUGAUUGAUUCUGGUACAA